ACCGCUUGAGCCACAUCCCCAGCCCUGUAUUUUUUUUCUUAACUACAAGUAUGUGUCACUUUCACAUCAAGACGGAGAAAAACUUUUCUGGUUUCCCCUCCCACCCCAGACCUUUCUGAGUGGAAAUCCCUAAACCACUCAGAAAACACCUUUUUUUUAAAAAAAAAUUGUUCUAGUUCCCAGCACCAGGCCUUCACAAACCUGGCUUCUAGAAAUAGUCUCAAUGGUUAGUAAGACCAUUUUCAAGGUCAGAUCUAAAAGAUGGACUAGCUCCACAGGUGACCUAUCCUAUAAACCCGACCAGUUCUGCCCCAGCUCUCUUCAUUAUCAGGAGCAGCUGCUAACGCUGUUGCAUUUGAGGGACAGACACCCAGAACCUUUCCUUCACCCAACCCUCGGGAUAACCCACGGGGCAGACACUGUCAUCGCCAUUUACAGAGAAGCACACUGAGACAUGGAGUAAGGGGCCCCCUCAAGGUCACAAAACUAGAAGGCAAUGCAACGGCUCAGUCCAAUAACAAAAGGCCUGGACUCCUCCCGUCGCACUGCCCGGACUCAGGGGCCCAGGGUGGAGGCCGAAAUGGGCUUCCGGGGUUCCACUUCCGGCGGAGGGGAAGCGAAAUGCAAGGUCACGCCAGACCGAGGGGGCCACAGGUCGCAAGGGCAGGGCCUCCCCACUCCUAGAGCUGCCACCCCCAGGCCGCCGGCUCGCAGCUACCAGGAGCGAGGGAGGAUGAAGAAGGAAGGAGGGGGGAAGCGUUCACCCGCGCAGGUGCCACGCCGGAGGGCGGGGAACCGGGCGGAGAGGACCACAACAACACCCAAACCAACGACGGCAUCCAGGAAAGGAACACCACCUCAGGCCCCGAGCUCGAUGGCGCACCGCCGGAACCGGAAGCCGCACCCCCGGAAGUUGGGGAGACUAGGGGAGAAGUUCUUCGUAUUUCGGAGCCGCAGUUUGCCCAGUUACAAAAUGGGAAGAAAGGAGCGGGAAUUGAGAUCCUCUGCGAGCCCGCCUGCCGCUGAGUCAGCGCGCCCCACCCUGAGGUUCCACCCUUGGGCCUUUGUACCACCCAAAGGAAAGAAACCAAAAAGAGAGGCUGCAGGCUGCUAUUUGGAGACUGUGGUCCAGUGCGGCGCACCUGGUGGAGUCAGUCCAGACGACGCAGGGCCCAGUCUAUAAAAUAGGCCCUGCCUCUUUGUACCCAGACAGCAGUGGGCGUAUGCUCGGGAGGUUUGACCGUCUGUCCAGGAAGGGACCCUCUGUGUAUAGGACGCUAAAUCUUAGCCCUAUGUGUCUCUGCCCGAGGUCUUUCCAGUUGCUACCAGGGUAGGCACGCUAGCCUCAUGUUUAAGAAAURAAGCUUUACGUGGGUUCAGUGGCAUGCGCCUGUGAUCCCAGCGAUUUUUCAGGAGGCUGAGGAAGGAGGAUUGCAAGUUUGAGGCCAGCUUCAGCAACUU